AUUCAAUAGUAAAAUCAGCAGAAAUAAAUGUGAACAAUGAUAAAGCCUGUAUGAAACAAGCAAUUAAAAAAUUAGACAAUAUGUUAGAAAAAGAUAGUAAACAAAUUGAUAAAGGAACUAAGGUUUGUUUACAAGCUGCAUUGCAAUAUUUGCAUUUGAGAUAUCAAGUAUAUGAAAAUAGCAAGCCUUAUUGA